ACCUGCCCCAGCCAACACCCUUCCUUCACCCCAGGUCCUUCUCAGCCUCCAGCUGGACUCUCCCCAGGCUGGGCUGAGCCUCCUCUCCUCAGCUCCCGAUCUCCUCCAAGAACGUCCACCAUGGGGACACCCACCAGGAGGAAGUCACACCUGCUGCUGCUGGUUGCUGUGGCCCUCAUCUCCUCUCCAGCUCGGAGUUCAGCCCGGGGAUCCCCGGCCACCUUUGGGCCAGUCUUCGAAGAUCAACCUCUCGGCCUGCUAUUCCCAGAGGAGUCCACGGAGGAGAAGGUGACGCUGGCGUGCCGUGCCCGGGCCAGCCCUCCAGCCACCUAUAGGUGGAAAAUGAACGGUACAGAGAUGAAGCUGGAGCCCGGCUCCCGCCACCAGCUGGUGGGGGGCAACCUGGUUAUCAUGAACCCCACCAAGGCCCAGGAUGCCGGCGUCUACCAGUGCCUGGCCUCCAACCCAGUGGGCACCGUCGUCAGCAGGGAGGCUGUCCUCCGCUUCGGCUUUCUGCAGGAAUUCUCCAAGGAGGAGCGAGACCCGGUGAAAACCCACGAAGGCUGGGGUGUGAUGCUGCCCUGUAACCCGCCCGCCCACUACCCAGGCCUGUCCUACCGCUGGCUCCUCAACGAGUUCCCCAACUUCAUCCCGACGGACGGGCGUCACUUCGUGUCCCAGACCACGGGGAACCUGUACAUUGCCCGGACCAACGCCUCAGACCUGGGCAACUACUCCUGUCUGGCCACCAGUCACAUGGACUUCUCCACCAAGAGCGUCUUCAGCAAGUUCGCUCAGCUCAACCUGGCUGCGGAAGAUCCCAGGCUCUUCGCACCCAGCAUCAAGGCCCGGUUCCCUGCAGAGACCUAUGCGCUAGUAGGGCAGCAAGUCACCCUGGAGUGCUUCGCCUUUGGGAACCCCGUGCCCCAGAUCAAGUGGCGCAAAGUGGACGGCUCCUUGUCCCCCCAGUGGGCCACCGCCGAGCCCACCCUGCAGAUACCCAGCGUCACCUUCGAGGACGAGGGCACCUACGAGUGUGAGGCGGAGAACUCCAAGGGCCGCGACACCGUGCAGGGCCGCAUCAUCGUGCAGGCUCAGCCCGAGUGGCUGAAGGUGAUCUCAGACAUGGAGGCUGACAUCGGUUCCAAUCUGCGUUGGGGCUGUGCGGCGGCUGGCAAGCCCCGGCCCACUGUGCGCUGGCUGCGGAACGGGGAGCCUCUGGCCUCCCAGUCCCGUGUGGAGGUGCUGGCUGGGGACCUGCGCUUCUCCAAGCUGAGCCUGGAGGACUCCGGCAUGUACCAGUGUGUGGCAGAGAAUAAACACGGCACCAUCUACGCCAGUGCUGAGCUGGCCGUGCAAGCGCUGGCCCCCGACUUCAGGCUGAACCCCGUAAAGCGUCUGAUCCCUGCGGCCCGCGGCGGAGAGAUCGCUAUCCCCUGUCAGCCCCGGGCGGCUCCGAAGGCCGUGGUGCUCUGGAGCAAAGGCACCGAGAUUUUGGUCAACAGCAGCAGAGUGACCGUAACUCCAGAUGGCACCUUGAUCAUAAGAAACAUCAGUCGGUCAGAUGAAGGCAAAUACACCUGCUUUGCUGAGAACUUCAUGGGGAAAGCCAACAGCACGGGCAUCCUCUCUGUGCGAGAUGCAACCAAGAUCACCCUAGCCCCCUCGAGUGCGGACAUCAACUUGGGGGAUAGCCUGACCCUGCAGUGCCACGCUUCCCACGACCCCACCAUGGACCUCACCUUCAUCUGGACCCUGGAUGACUUCCCCAUCGACCUCGAUAAGCCCGGGGGGCACUACCGGAGGGCCAGCACGAAGGAGACAGUUGGGGAUCUGACCAUCCUGAACGCCCAGCUGCGUCACGGCGGGAAGUACACGUGCAUGGCCCAGACAGUGGUGGACAGUGCGUCCAAGGAGGCCACAGUCCUGGUCCGAGGUCCCCCAGGUCCCCCAGGAGGCGUGGUGGUGAGGGACAUUGGCGACACCACCGUCCAGCUCAGCUGGAGCCGAGGCUUCGACAACCACAGCCCCAUUGCUAAGUACACCCUGCAAGCCCGCACUCCACCUGCAGGGAAGUGGAAGCAGGUUCGCACCAAUCCUGCCAACAUCGAGGGCAACGCUGAGACCGCCCAGGUGCUGGGCCUCACGCCCUGGAUGGACUAUGAGUUCCGGGUGUUAGCCAGCAACAUCCUGGGCACCGGCGAGCCCAGUGGGCCCUCUAGCAAAAUCCGGACCAAGGAAGCAGCCCCCUCGGUAGCACCCUCGGGACUCAGCGGAGGGGGUGGAGCCCCUGGAGAGCUCAUCGUCAACUGGACGCCCAUGUCGCGGGAGUACCAGAACGGAGACGGCUUCGGCUACCUGCUGUCCUUCCGCAGGCAGGGCGGCAGCGGCUGGCAGACCGCCCGGGUGCCCGGCGCCGACGCCCAGCACUUCGUCUACAGCAACGACAGCGUCCGGCCCUACACGCCCUUCGAGGUCAAGAUCCGCAGCUACAACCGCCGUGGGGAGGGGCCCGAGAGCCUCACGGCGCUGGUGUACUCGGCCGAGGAAGAGCCCAGGGUGGCCCCUACCAAGGUCUGGGCCAAGGGGGUCUCCUCCUCAGAGAUGAACGUGACCUGGGAACCUGUGCAGCAGGACACGAACGGCAUCCUCCUGGGGUACGAGAUCCGCUACUGGAAGGCGGGGGACAAGGAAGCAGCCGCCGACCGAGUGAGGACCGCGGGGCUGGACACCAGUGCCCGAGUCACUGGCCUGCACCCCAACACCAAGUACCACGUGACCGUGCGGGCCUACAACCGGGCAGGCACUGGGCCCGCCAGCCCUUCUGCCAAUGCCACCACCAUGAAGCCCCCUCCACAGCGCCCUCCUGGCAACAUCUCGUGGACUUUCUCAAGCUCCAGUCUUAGCAUCAAGUGGGAUCCUGUGGUUCCUCUCCGAAAUGAGUCUGCGGUCACGGGCUAUAAGAUGCUGUACCAGAACGACUUACACCCGACUCCCACGCUCCACGUCACCAGCAGGAACUGGAUAGACAUUGCCGUUCCGGAAGACAUCGGCCAUGCCCUGGUGCAGAUUCGGACCACGGGGCCUGGAGGGGAUGGGAUCCCAGCGGAAAUCCACAUCGUGAGGAAUGGAGGCACAAGCAUGAUGGUGGAGAACUCUGCAAUCAGCCCGACCCCACAUCCCGGCGCCAUCCUUGCCCCGUCGAUGGCGAUGCUGGUCCUCGUAGGCUACCUGGAGCUCUGAUCUUGGCACCCUUCCCUCUCUGCCACAGCCGGACCCCCGCCUCUGACAGACACAGCCAGCUGGCCCUGGCCCUGCCUGAUGCCAAGGUGGCCCAACACUGUGCCUGAGAAUGGCUGGCUUUCAGUACCUACUUUAAACAGUGCCCUUUUUUGUAGGAGGUAGGAUAUUUCAUAUUCUGCCACAGGAUAGAACCUGUGCUAGGAUUUUUUUUCUUUAAAUCAAAAGACGCCAGGCAGUAACUUCGUGAUGAUACUGAACCCUACGCCUGGGCCCUCUGGGGCACCUGGACAGAAGGAACAGGCCCAUGGGAAGAAGGGGGUUUGAAACCACGUAUCGGCACAUUGGGGAAGAUGGCGCUCCUGUCCCGCAGAUGGACUCGGCCGCCUGAGCAGAGUGCCUGGCCCAGUGGGAAGACACCGAUGGGCCACAGUAGGACAGAGCAUAAACAUCAAUGUCCCUCAGUAUAAGGAUAGAGCCAGACCCAGGACCAAGAACUCCUCUACUUUCCCAAGGGGCUGUACAGCUGGACCCUGACAUUGUCUUCGAUGCCCCUAGGGGCCCCUGCCACGUACCCAGGUGGCUGAAAACCAGUGCCCCAAAGUCCAAGGCCAGGAGCCUGAGUCCCUGCAGCUCUGGGGAAGGGUCCUCCAGACUGCCGAGGGUGGGAGCUCAAAGGGGUUGAGAAGCUGGGACACCGGGUAGAAAGGGGCACCAGACUUGGCCUGAGCCACAGUCCCAAGGCAGGUGACGCUGCUGUCUUAGCCAACACUGCCAACCUAAUCCUGUCACCCCCAGAGUGACAGAAGCCACCACUGGUGGCCGAGUGACUAAAGGGCUUAUCUUGGGGAGGUCCCCCACUCCACCCAGACCCAUCCUGCACGGCCCCUCCAGGGUGUGGGCAGGAGCCGGGAGACAGGACUCACGCGCCCACCCUCUUCCUCCUGCUCAGCCUGCAGGCCUCGGGCCGCCACUCUCCAGCACCGACGCCCGCAAGCCUGGGACAGGAAGGUGGCAUCUGUUCUAUGCGUUCUGCAGUUGGGAGUCUUCUGAGAAGGGCAAAGGAUACCUACGGCCCUGCCUGCUCCCAGGGAUGCCCUGGGCCACCUGGCCAGACCUGACCCCCAGCUGCCUCCGACUGCUCUUUUGCAUUUCCCCAGGAGAAAAAGGCAUUAAUAAAUCACACGCUCUGGGUCCAUUCCCAAUCACGGGACAUCAGAGCUGGAGGGGGCUUUCGAGCUAGACCUGCCCCAGCCCCUCACUUUACAGACGAGGAAAUGGAAGGGUCAGGGACCUCCCAAGGUCACACAGCCUGUCCUACCUUCCUAUUCCGAGCUGUCUGUCCAGAGGAAGGGGGCAGCUCUGAAUGGCUAACGGCCUGGUUAAGAAGGUCUUAAGAAGGGCAGGGAGCUAUGAGGAGGUCCAGGUGGGUGAUCGUGGGGAGACCGGCAUGGCUGGGUCCUUCACCAGGAGGCAACGAUCCUUCGUCUUCUAGGCCAAGCUCCUGCCAGGCCCUGGACAUGCGGUGCUGGCUUAAGGCCUCCUGCUGCCCUUACCCUUGCUCCAAGUAAAGGGGCCAAAGCAAGGACAGGGAUUCCCCAAAUCCAGGCAGCAGCGAUGGCACAACCAGGAAACCUCCAAAGCCCACGCUCUAACAGGUAGCCCUUCACAUCCGGGAGCAGCGGGACAGGCAUCUCAUAAGGGACAGACCCGUGGAGGACCCCAGAGCCUGGCUUCUGUAGUUUACAGUUAGAGCUCUAUUUUGUUAUGGGUUUUUAACUUUUAAGUCCUGCUCUAUUUUCCUGGGCAGGUUUCUGUUGAUGUUUACCCGCUACAAUUUUUUAAAAACGCUAGCUCACACCCCUUCUCCGGGCUACCGCUGCACCCACCAUCCCGCCCCUGGCCCGGGCCUGGAGCCCCUGAGCCACUGACCAAACCCUCUGCACCUGCUCCCAUCCUCCUGCCCCCUCCCGCCGUGAGGUGCUGGGGGCUCAGCUAAGUGACCGCACUCUGAAUGCAGAGACCCCCCUUCCUGGUCCCCAGUUCCAUCAGAAAGGGGAUGCCGAGGGUAAAAAUGAGCCUUCCGCUUAGCUGAGUUUUUCCUCACUGCCUGGGGCUGUGGCAGGGGAAGCAGGGGGACGGGAUGGGCUGCUGCUGCGGCGGGAAGGCUGAGCCAGCACAGGGCUUCACCAGGGAGCGGGACGCUGAUGUUCCUGAGCUUGCUUGAGGCAAAAGACACUUGCAAGUAAGAACCUUCGUUCUAAUGAGGCCCCUUGGCAAAGGAGAGGAGAGCAGACUGUCUGGAAAACCUAGCAAGGGCUUUUAACUAGAAAACUCAGCCCAGAACUUGCCAGGGGUAUGAGAGCUACGCCGAAACUCGUGUGCCGACAGCCUCAGGCGUCAGGCCGGGGACGGAUGCAGGUCCAAUGAGACAGAGGGUGACUGCAGGUCAUGCAAGUGUAUAAAACAGAACAGUCCUUGGCUGAGGUGGCUUUAUACAGAAGAGCCCCUGCCUGCCCGGGGGGGCCUCUGAUUUCCACCUUCUCUGCUCGCUCGGGCUGAGUCUCGCGCCUGCUGUGGUCAGUACUUGAUUCUGGAUCUCUCCUUUUCCACUCACCAAGCUGGGAGGAGGUGACAACAGGAAGAGCCACAGACAAGUACUGCACUGCACAGCUUAGUGGCCAGUAAGUGCCUUGAGGACUAGGGACAGAGACAGCCUGCAGACGCCUCAGGGCCGUGGGGGACAGUCUCUCCGUUCUGCAUACGUUCAGGCUCAGCCUACAGGGCCCUCUGCCCCCUGGUCUUGGCUACUUGGUCCUCGUUGCUCUAACAGUCUCGAUGUAAACCUUGCCCUCAAAGGGACAGGAGCUCUCUCCUGCUCGGGGCUUGGGGGCCAGCAAGGUCAGGUUAUCCACUCCCAUUCAGGCCACCAAAUGACAGAGAUAGGCCAGGAAACAGAAAAGGCCACGAGGAGGGGCUCUUUCUGUUUUGAUAGAAAUAACAGGAGAACCUGAGGUCAGACAUCAGGAAGAGCGGCUGUAACAAGAGCCCGGGAUGAGGGAUGGAGAGGCUGCUUCCUUGUCUAGGGAAACACUGGGGAAUUCUGACAGCUGUCGAUCUGGGGUCUGGGCCCGCUGAAGUCUGGAGGGUGAGCGGAUGCUCUUGAGCGUCCUGUCAGGACCACGAUUCUGAGGUCAGCUCAGGAAGAGUCUUGGCGCUCCGUCCUGCUUCGGCCCCGUCCCGGAGGAGUAAUGACCCCAGUCACCGUCAUGAAGUGAGGAGGCUUGCCUCGGGCAUUCCUUCGUGGCAAAUGCCGUUUCUCAGCAGCCCCAGGGGCCACGGAGGUUCCUUGAGGCAAGAAUCCCAGCUGGCUAAGGAUGUGUCACUGCCUUCAUCUCCUCCCCACCUAGAGGACUCUCUUUUCUCUCCCGGGCAGGAGGGGCGGGCUAGCGCUGCCAGACAAGCAUUAGCCUCAAACCUGGUUCCGAGGCCCGGGUAUGGUGCCCUGUUUCCCAAGGUCAGACCUAAGCUGGGUGUUGUCGUGGGAUGAACGAGGUUGCUGGAGAGGCUCCUGGAGGGGUGUGAGGGAUUAGGUGGGCAAUUGUAAGGGACUUCUAGAAGCUCCAUGCAAAGAGGUGUCUGGUAAUUGUAUAUAGGGUCAUAGGCUUUGAGAAGGCAGGAUAGUAAAGGGAAACUGGUGCAGGGAGGAAAAAUGGGCCAGAGAACUGCCCCGAGCCCCAGGGAGCCUAGCGCCCUUCGAUGGGGUACACCCUGGCUCAGCCCCCAGAUUCCAACUUACCCAGCCCCAUCCAGGGCCCGCAGAAUUAGGCUCAUGGCUGGGCGAGGGCUAGGGCUCCAUCAGACCCUCCUGACCGGACCCCGUCUUUGUUGGACGGGAACCACUUCGGCCAGCCUGUUGUUCGCCUCUCUUGUACUUGUGACGGUAGUUAUUUAUUGACUCUGGUAGCGUCAGUGCUUAAAUAAAGAUGAUUUCUCAGCGUGCUGGGGCA